ACGUGCUGAGCGCAUGCGCGCGACCGUCUUGUUUUUCACCCGUUUCGCGCUCAAACGAAAAUUAAAUUUAUAUGGCAGUGGUGACCCGGCCGUUUGGUGUUGUGACCAGUGCGAGAGUCAACAGUCGGCAGGGGAGAACUUCUCAAAAUGGCUGGACAGUCAGACGGGUGCUGGACGUGAUUAAAACUCAAAUAUGCACAAUAGCUUUAUCAUUCACACUAUUCAAUACCAUUCGACUACCACGAGAAGCCUUCAAAUAUGGAGACAUACCUUACCUGGUCAUUUACUCGUUCUGGCUGCUGGCGGUCGCUCUGCCGACUACGCUGCUGCAGUUGGCGAUGGGACAACUCAGCCAGCAAGAUCCUGUUGGUGUAUGGAGAGCAGUUCCAAUAUUAAGAGGAGUUGGUCACUUGAAGAUUUUAACUUCAUUCCUGUGCUGUGUUUACAGUAUGGUAUAUGUUGCCUUAUCUGCAGCUUACAUGAUAUGGAUUGGAAAGGGUUCCUUUCCUUUGAAGGAUUGCACAAAACUCCACAUAACACCGAAUGGAUACGAAAAUAAAAUGAAUGCAUCUGAAUGUUUUAACUCGACGUUUUUGGCGCCAUUCACUGAACAACCACAGUAUCUCGGCGUAAUGGCGAUUUUAAUAUUCGUUUUAUGGUUCUUUGUACCCAUUAUGUUGUUUCGGCUCCGAAAAACUUUGAAAAUGUCGCUCGUGAUUCUGACGCCUCUCAUCAUCAUUAUUGCCAUAGUACUGAGUGCAUUUUUGUCAGAUAGUCACGUUUUGACAUCAAUGCUAGAAUCAUGCGAACAUUGGAUGCCGUUGUCACAGCCAUACAUUUGGCACAGCACGUUGGUACAAGCGUUAUUGUCGACACAUAUUGUUAGCGGUUAUCUGGUUAGUGCUGGCGGAACUAUAUACAGACAAUCCGAUGUCAGAUGGACAUCAACGUUUGUGACAAUUACUAAUUUACUAUCAGGAUGGCUGUCUGUUUUUAUGUGGCAGUCAAUAGGUAGUGAAGGUAACAAGGAUAGUAGUUUUAUAGCAAUAUUAGUUUUAAUAUAUCAGUCUUCCGUAUCAGAGAAAAGAUCAAAGGAAUGGCCGCUAUUGGCAUUCGGAAUCGUAUUAAUAUCAGGCAUAAUUACUGUGCUAACACUCCUAUUUCCUAUAUACGAUAAAUUACAUCGUGUUGCUGGUGACCACUGGCGAAUAUUUGCAUGUGCCUCGUCAGCACUUGGAACAGCUCUCACUGUAUCUGUAUUAGCUCAAGGUAUUGACGUGGCAGCUAUGCUGGAUGAGCUGGUUGUGCCAGUGUUAGCUGUAUUUACGACUGUAGUUGAAAUCGUGGGAUUCGUUUUUAUUUAUGGUUGGUAUUACCUUACAGUAGAUAUACAUUUUAUUACUGGAUCAAGAUUACCAGGUUUUUGGUUAGUGACAUGGUGGACCAUUCCAGUCCUAUUAAUGGGUGUAACCGGUUGGUGGUUGAGAUCACUGCUGAGGAGUGCAUGGGGAGAAGGCCAAACAUUAUGGCCUUUAGGAAUUGUAUUUAUGGGAAUAUUAGUAGUUAUGGUGGUAAUGGCAGCAGUGGCAGUGGCAAAGGAAGAACAAUUUAAUUUACUUACUAAAAUGGCAUCAGCCUUUCGACCCUCUCGCCUUUGGGGACCCGAAGAACCAAUGGCGAGAUACGUGUGGAUGUCUCAAAGAUUUUUAAACGAAAAUGCUAAUUCCGAACACGAAUUUCAUACAGAUACAAAAAUGUAUAACCAUAUUAUUACGAAAUAUCAUGAGAAAGGCAACGAAAUAUACAACGAAGACUGGUUGCAUGCAGCUGAUACUUACCAAAGUCAGUCACCCAAAGCUUUUAUUAAGAGUGAUCUCAUAAGGCAUGAAGAUACACUUUAUAAUGAUGUAGGUGCAAUAUAUACUAUACCUACAGUUUCAACCAGCAAGAGAAGAAAUACAGGAGAGGAACAAUAUCGUUCUCCAAAUAUAUGCAUUGCCAAAGGUGAAUUAGGAGGUUCAAUAAAUUGCAACUGUAACAGGCAUUUUCAACUCAAUGUUCCUGAUUUAAGAAAUAACGAAGUAUCGACUAGUCUAUAGAAUAAAAUAUUGCAAGAUCCAAAUAUUUUUGUACAACGAUUUUAGUGUCUAGUCGACCAACAAUAUAUUGCAAUUUUUAUAUUGUUCUCAACCACAAAAUGCUAUUGGUAGUUUAUAAUUUAUUAAAGUAUUAAAGACAUUCCAAAUAUAUUACU